CUUUGAAGAAUCCCGCGAUCUGCAAGGGCGUGAGAAGUGCAUAUCGAUUACUAUUUCAUACCCGAGCCUGUGCCUCUUUUUUUGCGUGUUUCCACGGCCCAAUUCCCGCGUCUUUUGUUGCUUAUCGUGGUUAUAGCCGGCACAUCGAGAGGGGGGAACCAAAUCCGUGACCCUCCCUACACAUUCCUCUCUAUUUUUUUUUUCGCACGCCUAAUCGAUUGCAUCACCGGCUACUUUAACCCAUUUGAGAAAAGGGAAGAGAGCGAAAAAGCGGGUGUUGGGUUUUCGCUUUUCAAUGUCUUUUUCUGCUCUGCGAGCGUCUUCUCCUGGUACCGUCCGCAGUCGAGUCGUGUUCGCAGCUAGCAAAGGACCCGUGGCGCAUAGCGCAGCUCUCAUAAGAUCAUAUUCAGCUAUGAGCGGCAGCUUCAAGGUAAAACCUGCGGCCAGAGUGUCGGGGCAGAAGCAGGAUGUGUGGACCAUUGUCAAUGAGGCAGCAGCUGCGUCGCCCAAGCAGCCCAUUGUGAACAUGGGCCAGGGCUUCUUCGGCUACAACCCGCCGAAAUUCAUUCUCGAUGCUGCCAAGGAGGCGCUGGACCGCGUCGACUGCAACCAGUACUCGCCCACCAAGGGUAGGCCGAGGUUAAAGAAGGCCAUUGCCGAUGCGUAUUCGCCCUUUUGGGGGAGGAAGAUCAACCCUGAGACUGAGGUGACGAUUACGACGGGAGCCAAUGAGGGUAUGCUCAGUGCAUUCAUGGCUUUUAUUGAGCCGGGUGACGAGGUCAUCAUCUUUGAGCCCUUCUUCGACCAGUACAUUAGCAACAUCGAGAUGCCUGGAGGCAAGAUUGUCUAUGUGCCCAUGCACCCUCCAGCCACCGGAGCCACCAAGACCUCUUCAGCAGCCGAUUGGACUAUCGACUUUGACGAGCUAGAGAGAGCCAUUACUCCCAAGACAAAGAUGAUUGUCCUCAACACUCCUCACAACCCCGUUGGCAAGGUCUUUUCCAAAGACGAACUGCAAAAGAUUGGUGACUUGUGCGUCAAGAACAACAUCAUUAUCCUCUCCGAUGAGGUGUAUGACCGCCUGUUCUACGUGCCUUUCACCAGAAUCUCGACCCUGUCUCCUGAAAUCGAGCAGCUGACCAUCACGGUUGGCUCUGCCGGCAAGAACUUUUACGCCACAGGUUGGCGUGUUGGCUGGCUCAUGGGCCCGGAGCAUCUCAUCAAAUAUGUCUCUGCGGCACACACGCGCAUUUGCUACUCGUCCGUCUCGCCUCUACAGGAAGCCUGCGCCGUUGGAUUCGAAAAGGCCGAGGCCGAAGGUUUCUGGGACGAUGCCAUCCGCGACAUGAAGGGCAAGAUGGAUCGUUUCAACGAGGUCUGGGACGAACUUGGUCUUCCUUACUCAGAGCCCGAAGGCGGCUACUUUGUCCUCGUCAACAUGAACAAGGUUCAACUCCCGGAAGACUACCCCUUCCCUCCCCACGUAGCAAGCCGGCCGCGAGACUUUAAGCUGUCGUGGUUCUUGAUCCAGGAGGUUGGCGUUGCUGCUAUCCCGCCGACUGAGUUUUACACGGAUGAGAAUGCGCACAUGGCGGAAGAUUACCUCCGAUUUGCAGUCUGCAAGGAGGACUCGAUUUUGGAGGAGGCGAAGAACAGGUUGAGGGGGCUGAAGAAGUAUAUGAAAUAAACUAGGCUUUCAAGGAUACAGAGGAGGGAUUUCAACGUCACUCGAGGCUGAGGUAAUGUAAGAUGAGAAAGCUUUUGCGGGGUGUUGGAUAAAAUAGAUUUUCCAUUCCACAUAGGAACAUCAAUGAACGAUAUUACAAGUAUGUACAAAGUACGAGUACGAGCUUAGCUAGAGGUCCUCUUCAUCUUAGACUGCGUCCUC